GGAAGCCGGCCCGGUAGAGAACAGCGGGGCCAGGCCCCUGUCUCUCUCCGCCUCCCCUCCCCCCCCAUCGAUGGCGGCGGCGAUGAUGGCGGCGGCGGCGGAGCAGGAGGCCUCGAAGGGCGGCGGCGGGCGGAACCGCGGUGGGGUGCAGCGGGUGGAGGGGAAGCUCCGCGCCAGCGUGGAGAAGGGCGAAUACUACGAGGCGCACCAGAUGUACCGGACCCUCUUCUUCAGGUAUAUGUCCCAAGGCAAGCACACAGAAGCAAGAGAACUGAUGUAUUCGGGGGCACUGUUGUUCUUUAGUCACAGCCAACAAAACAGUGCUGCUGAUCUGUCCAUGCUGGUUUUAGAGUCCUUAGAGAAAUCGGACGCAAAAGUAACAGAUGAACUACUAGGAGCGACAAGUAUUGUCUGCACAGUAAUUGACCUCUCCGCCGCUUUGAUGGACAGCGGCUUCCUAUCCAGUCAGUGUGGUGAUGUGUGCAUUGCCUGCGGGUCGGCCAUUUUGUCAAAGAAACUUUGCUUGUCGGAAAACUUGGCUAAAGUGUUUAGUUUGAUGGAUCCAAAUUCUCCUGAAAGAGUAGCUUUCGUGUCCAGAGCACUGAAAUGGUCCAGUGGUGGAUCAGGGAAACUCGGUCAUCCGAAACUACAUCAGUUAUUAGCCAUCACAUUGUGGAAAGAGCAAAACUAUUGUGAAUCUCGGUAUCACUUCUUGCACUCCACAGAUGGUGAAGGAUGUGCUAAUAUGCUAGUAGAAUAUUCAUCAUCCAGGGGAUAUCGCAGUGAGGUGGACAUGUUUGUGGCUCAGGCAGUCUUACAAUUUCUCUGCUUAAAAAAUAAGACGAGUGCAUCAGUGGUUUUUACGACAUAUACACAGAAACAUCCUUCAAUAGAAAAGGGGCCUCCAUUUGUACAACCAUUGCUAAAUUUCAUCUGGUUUCUGUUACUGGCUGUUGAUGGAGGAAAACUAACAGUAUUUACAGUAUUGUGUGAACAGUAUCAACCUUCACUGAAAAGAGAUCCUAUGUAUAAUGAGUACUUAGACAGAAUAGGACAGCUCUUCUUUGGAGUUCCACCCAAGCAGACGUCAUCCUAUGGAGGAUUACUAGGAAAUCUUUUAAACAGUCUGAUGGGAACUGGGGAAGAUGAUGAUGCAGAAGAUGGUCAAGAAGAUAGCAGUCCUAUUGAACUUGAUUGAAUUUUUUUUCAUUAGGAGCUGCAUGAAUUUGGCAAUUUGGUAACUCAAAAGACAAUUUCAGAAUUUGAGUCCUGCAAUUUUCUCAACAACUAAAAGGGCUCCUCUGUUCUGUUAAAGAAGAUUGCUGAAAUGUUUUAUGAUGUUUGGUCUAUAUUAUUUAUGUAAAAAGAAAUAGCCAGUAGAACUGAUUGGAAUGAUUGUUAUCAGACUUCCAAUAUGCUGGCUGGUGGCUUUGAUUAAGAUAUAUAGUCUUCUACAGUUUCAAAUGCAGUAUUCCCUUUUUCACAAUAAUACAAGAUAAAGCAUAAACAUUCAUUUGUUGCUUUACAUUUUUAAACCAGUUUUGUUCUAGUGUAUUAUGAAAAAUGCUUGACCUUUGCUGUCACAAAGGAAUGUCUUGAAAGGCAGGGUAAAUAGUUGUAUAGCUGAUCUAUAAACCCAGUGCCAGAAGUAUUUCAAGACAACCCAGAGAGGGUGUAAUUAAAGGUGCACAUUCAGGAAACUUCAAUACCACACACACAUCCGUGAAAUUCAUUCCUGCCACAGCAAUUAGUAUAAUUUGCACACUCCAGAACAAUUCUGUGUAUCUAAAAUCAGUUUCCAAAUUACACCAUUCUUAUACAGAUGUUCCUUUAUCAGAGGAGAGGUGAGCAACCACUUUCAAGAAUGAAUCAUUUGAAUGUAGAUGAUUGGCUGCUAAUUAGACCAGAAUUUUUUUAGACUUGUUGUUUUAUACAUAGAUAUUCAGCAGCUAAAAAACAUCCUCCAACAUAUUAGUUUUUUUCUUUUAGAAGGGAGUCUUUUAGGUAGGUCUGCAAUAGUGUGUAAAGGUGACAGUUUGAGGUUUUGUUUUAGUAACCAAACAAAACCACUCCUUUUUGUUGUUUGCUAAAAGCAGCACAUGGAAAUCUUUGAAACACAGUUCUAUUUACAGAAAAGGGAUACUGCAAAACUAUCAGUUCUUUAAGAUACAAUAUUUAUUUUUAUUGGGUGGUUGAUUCAUUUAACACUUUAUGUAAAAAAUAACCACAAACUCUGCAUUAGGCAUAAUAAUUCUUGUCUCCUUUCAAUGCAGUGGACCACGUGAUAGCUCUAUGAUUAAAAGAUGAAAUCGGGGAAACACUUUAUUUUUUCACAUCUAAAAUAAAAGGCUUAGAUUAAUACACAGUGAUCAUGCAUGGGGGGAAUAAUACAUUUUUAUUUACUGUAAAAAAUGAAUUUAAAGGAGGACUUUGUGUUAAUUGUUGAGUAUUAAAUAAAUACUUUAUACUGGGA